AUGCGGUUUAUGAACUCUUUGGUUUUGCUCCUAAGCAUUGCUUUGGCCAACGCUCAGUUUACGAAACCCUUGGCCGGAGAUUACUUCGAUGUUGGCGAGCGAUUCCAAAUCGAAUGGCAUACAGCAGGCUUACAAGAGCCUAUCAACAUCGACUUGGUACCUAAGGGCGUGAUUGAUGGCUCAGUUGUUGCUGAGAAUAUCGCGGUGCAAAUUCAGAAUGUCGGCCGACUGAACUGGACACCCGACGCAUCUAUUGCGGCUUUUGAUGGUUUUGUGAUGAUCAUCACCGAUGCUGCCCAGAAGACCGUUACCUCUCAACCAUUUAGUAUCAAUCAGCUUUCCGAGAAACCCAUCAUCCAGACGUUUGUUGGCGACAAGGUACAGGUUCUCACCAAACCAGCCUCUCCCCCUAAAACCGUUUACUCCGGAUCUCUGCCGCCCGAGGCCACCCCUGCUGGACUUGUAAUGGCCGAGGCCAACCCAAUCAAGGCCGUUCCUUCGAACGGUACGGAUCCUGAAACGACUUCUGCUCGAACUCGCGUCAAGGCCACUGUGGCCCAAAGUGCACCGGUCGAGGCCAGUGUAGCUGAGUCUACAGCUUCCACGACUGCCGCUGCUGAGACCAAUCCUGUCAAGAAUAAAGCUCCUGAGAGUGCAGCUGUCGAAGCCAGUGUAGUCGAGACUACAACCUCCAAGACUGCCGCUGCCGAGAACACUCCUGUCAAGAAAGCCCCAGAAAGUACAUUUGCCGAGGCCAGUGCAUCCAAAACGACCAUUGCUAAGACCACUGUCGCCAAUGCUACUUCCGCCGAUGAGGCUACUACGCCUGUAGAGGCCACUGCUUCGGAAGCCACUCUCUCACCGACAAAUCCUCCUGCAACCACUCCCUCAGCAGCCACCUCUUCGGAAGCUACUCCUUCGACAACCACGCGUGCGACUGACGGCAGGGGCAACGGCAGAGGUGGCGGCAGAGGUAAUGGUAGGGGUAAGGGUAAAGGCAAAAACAACAACGGACGGCUUCGGACCAGCCAGCUCAACGGUAAUGGUACCCAAGAAACGCCCUCGCCGAUCUUUUCGACUAUCUCGCCAUCAGCAGGUGUCCCUGACUCAGCUUCUCCAUCGCCUGCUCCCAUCAACAACCAAACCACUCCCGCUGUUGGUGCAUCUACGAGCAAGGUGGCUGCUCCAACUGAAAACAGCCGUAUCUCCAUUGUGCCGUCAGCCACGACUCCCACCAAGAGCGAAACCACUACUCUUCCUCAGGUUCUAAUUCCGCCGAAAAACACCACGACCAAUGCACCAGCGAAAUCUGUCUCUCAACCGGCCGUGAUUGUCCCUGCAAAUACAACCACGCCAGCUGUACCGCCCGUGGUUCCUACAACACAAUCCAAGAUCGUUGUUCCCGCUAAUACCAGCACCGCAGCUGAGCCGCCUGUGGCUUCUGCUACUCUUCCCGCCGUACUUGUUCCUGCCAACACGAGCACUCCAGCAGUACCUGCAGUUGGAUCCACGAUUUCUGUUCCUGCAAACUCAAGCAUUCCGGUUACGCCGCCAGCGGCUUCAGCCACUCUGCCUGCAGGACUCGUUCCCGCAAACACUAGUACCCCAGCUCAGUCACCUGCUGCUUCAGCAACUUUGUCCGAGGUUCUCAUUCCAGCGAAUACGAGCACCCCGGCAUUGGUGCCGGAAGUAUCUGCUACUCCGCCCGCAGUUCCUAUUCCAGCUAACACAAGCACUUCUACCGGAUUGCCGGCUGUUCCUGUCACAGAACCUGCGGCUGUCGUUCCCGUUCCGAUUCCGUCUGCUCCAUUGGCCAGUACAGGUGGUGUGGAAACACCCGGAGUUGUCCCUCCCAUCGCCACGUCGAAGGAGUUGCCUACUGUGGUGCCAUCCCAAGAUUCAGGGCCUCUCAACCCGAGCCAAUCUGAUCCUACUGGAUCACCAAGUAGCGUCGGUGUCCCUAGCUCGGGCACACCACAGCAAACACCACCUCCCACCACAGGCGGGGAAGAAAAGAAUGGCAACAAAAGUGGCGAUGACAAUGGUUCCGGUAACGGCUCCGGAUCGGGAUCCGGGGAUAACACUGAUGGCAGCCGGUCUGGAGGUAAUGAAGGCGACUCCGGCUCUGGCUCUGAUAGUACCCAAUCUUCGGCCUCGAGUACUAGGCCAACCGCAGUCCCUCAGCUGGAUGAACCAUCUGAACCUACUGCUGUGCCUCGCCUUGGUGCCAUCAUUUCAUUGCCUUCAUCCAUGGUGACUUCUAUGGUUCUUGCAACAGGAGUCCAACCUCAAGGCGUCGCAGCUCCAACAAGUGGUCUGGUAUUUGCAACGACGCCAGCUUCAGUCCUCACCACGUCCGCUGGUAGCCGGGAGAUACAGAAGAGCUAUGCAACCGCAUUUUUCUGCGCUGCCGCGGCGUUGAUGACCACAUACAUGCUGUAA